AUGCUAUUACAAAGGUUGACGUCGCCAAUACCUCUGGCAUCGUUUAGGAGCUCGUUGAGAGCAUCUACAAUUUUAAACCAACGAAUUAGACUACAUGCUACAAAAUCCAACCCACGUCAGGUCUUCACACCCGAACAAUUGGCCGAUGCAAGAGCUCAAAGAAACAAAGGUUUAGGUCCUUAUGUUUCCAAACUACCAGAAAAAUGGAUUCCCUAUGCUGAAUUGAUGAGAUUGGAAAAGCCUGUGGGUACUUGGUUACUCUAUUUGCCGGGUACAUGGGCAAUCCUUACGGCUGCUAUGCAAGUAUCAGCACCAUUCGGAUCUACACUGUGGAUGUUAGGAUUGUUCGGAGUUGGUUCAUUGAUUAUGAGAGGUGCUGGUUGUACUAUUAACGAUCUAUUAGAUCGUGAUUUGGACAGUAAAGUUAUUAGAUCGGUGGAAAGACCAAUUGCCAGUGGUCGUAUCACUAGACGCCAAGGUUUAGCAUUUUUAGGAGCACAAACCACGGUCGGUGUGGGGAUUCUAUCGCAAUUACCUGCGGACUGUUGGUGGUUAGGUUUAGCGUCACUACCACUAGUGUUUACCUACCCACUUUUCAAAAGAUUCACGUACUACCCACAGGCUAUGUUGAGUGCAUGCUUCAAUUGGGCAGCGCUAUUGGGAUUCCCAGCUAUGGGGGUUAUGGAUUUGCCAACAAUGAUUCCGCUAUAUGCUGGUAGCGUUUUAUGGUGUAUGAUCUACGAUACUAUCUAUGCCCAUCAAGACAAGAAAUUUGAUGUCAAAGCAGGUGUCAAAUCAACCGCCUUGGCCUGGGGGGAUCGUUCCAAAAAAAUUAUGAAUUACAUGGCAACAUGUCAAUUUUCACUAUAUGCUAUAGCAGGAUUAAACAGUGGAUUACUUUGGGGUCCUGGAUUCAUUGGCGGAUUAUCCAUUUUCGCCUAUCGAGUAUUUACAAUGAUUAGAAAAGUGGAUCUGAACAAUCCAGCCGAUUGCUGGAAAAACUUUACCAGUAAUAUCAAUACCGGAUUAUACUUCUCAGGUGCACUUCUAGUUGAUUAUCUACUUAGAUUGUUUGGAUUUUUGUGA